GCGAGGGAGAGACAGAGUGGACGGAGACUCAGGAAGCCAAGGCAUGAGUCAGUCUGAUGGAAAAUCCGAUUUCCGACGUAUUUCUGCCUUUCGCUGCCCUCAAAAGUUGACGCUAUACCAGUACAAAGAGUUUUUCAUAAGAUUAAACAAGUUGACGAGUCAUUGAUAUUAUACUUCAGAGUGGUUUGAAGUGCUUCAAUUUUCUUCAGAGAACAUGGAAUGUAAGGUUUGCUUCUGUGAUUAUGAUCAGGCUGACAGAAGACCAAGAGUACUGCCAUGUGGUCACUUCUUCUGCUCUGUGUGUGUGACAAGCCUCUUGAAGGAGGGUACCCUCAAGUGCCCCAUCUGCUGUUCCCAGCACACCAUUCCUGACAUAAUGCAAAUCCCCAUUGCCUAUGAUUUUGAAGAGUUGCUAUCAAGCAUUAACUUAGCUUCACCAGGGGAAAGAGAAGUGCUAGAACCCCAACAGGAUAUUGCAAGAGAACCAGCCAAACUGAGAAUAAUGCAGCUGGCAGUCAGUAGUGGGACUUCAGAUUGUAAUCAAAUGCAAACUCAACUCCGUACCUACAACACAACUUUGGAUAACUUGAUAACAGAACAUGAGGAACAAAUUAAGAAUCUCACAGAGAUGAUCCAGAGUCACAUGAAUGCACAGCAACUCCUGAAGAAGGAAAAGAGCAGGUUGACCGAUCUUCAAGGACAAGGUGAACAACAGUACCGCAUGUUACAGGAAGCAGCUGAAACUCUUCAUACCAGUGACAAGGGGAUGGAUACAGAUACGGCCAUCAGCAGGGCGGAACAGUGUCAUGCUGUUACAUUAGAGUGGAUCAAACUGUGCAAUGGCACACUUCCAGAUGUGAGUGCCAUCCAGCAGUCGGCUAAGUUGCUGCAUUCUACCAAAAGGACCAUAGAGUUAAUGAACCAAGAAAUAGGUGCUUGUGUGCAGGAUGCAGAUGUUGCAGCUUCUGUUAACAGAGUAGUCAAUAGAACACACAAUGCAACUGUCCUUGAGAAGGUCAAUACCAUCAUUGGCAUAACAGCGGAAACUGUAACAAUAGAAGGCCUACAAGGACUGUCUAUGCCUGUUAGACUGUUAGUUGAAGCUGGCAAGGUUGCAGCUGUCUUGACCAAGCAUGGCAAGACUCGUCAUGGCAGAAUAACUUUACAUGAUGGAGCCAUCUGUCUCCACCACCUUCAAAAUGGUUGUCCCAGCACAGCUCAGUAUCCCCAUACACUUCCAUUUUAUGAUGUCAUAGCUUCUACUGGACCAGCCUUCAGACUGGUAUUCUUGGAUCUAGCUUGGCCUGGUUCACUCCCCUGCCGUGUGUACAUUAGAAUUAUUAGAGAUACUCCAAUGGCAAAACAGUUUGUGCUACUCUGCACAGGAGAACUGGGUCCUUCGUAUACCAACAGCCGCUUUUUUGGAGUUGUGUGUAAAGGCUUGCCAGGGGAACGCAUUGUAGGAGGGGAUUAUGAAUUCAAUGAUGGUAAUGGAGGAGCUACUCUUAUACCAGGUCUGACUAGAAGUGGAGAUUAUAACGAAUUUUGCUCUGUAGGAGAUGUAGGUGGCUGGGUUUCAGAUAAUUCUCGUGCUGCACAGUUCACAAUCACCACAAAAAAGUCCCUGUUUCCAUACAUUGAUCCACGUGUGUUUGGAAAGGUGGAAAAAGGGCUGAAGGUAGCUAAGGCAGCAGCAAAGUGUAGGAAUAUUAAAACUGUUAUGGUGGUAGACUGUGGUAUUGUGAUUUCAUGUUGAAUAACUCACUCAAACAAUCUCAUAUUCUCACUCAUUGUGAAUGAAUGUUUCAGGGAUUGAUUUUAAGCUUAGAGAGUAGCCUUUUUAAUAGUAAUAGUGAUGGAGAUAUUAUUGUAGUAGUAGUAGUAGUAGUAGUAGUAGUAGUAGUAGUAGUAGUAGUAGUAGUAGUAGUAGUAGUAGUAGUAGUAGUAGUAGUACAGCUAUUUUGUUACUGUUUGAAAUAUACAUACAGUUUAUAUUGUUAGAUAUUUUCUGUUGAUCUGUUAAAUAUAUAUAUGGGAAAUUUGUAUUUAAAGAAUAUAGAUUUAGCAAUUUUCAAAACUUGAUGUAGUCCUUGUACACACAGUACCUAAAUCAUUGCCUUAAAAAUUAUUGGUUACAUGGUGGUAAACCUACUGUACAAUAACAAGAAUCUGUUCCUAAUUGUGCUACUAGCCAGGAAAUGUCCAAGCCAGUGUCUUGAAAUAUGUUUGUUAGAUCAGAGGUUUGAACAAGAUGUGCCAAACACAUCCAUAGCAGUGUUUUGAACAUGUUUUAAUGCAAGAUUAUGUAUGGUAUUUUCAUGACCUCAGAAGUGGUGUUUAUACUUUGUUACAUCUAAAUUUGUCAUUUCUUAUGUAAUGUACAUUCAAAAUUUACAAAAUUGUGAGUUGCCAUGGCAGAUCAGCUAAAUGAAUUCUGUGAUAAGUGAUGUGAUGUCAAAAAUCACGAAAAUUAUAUAAAAAUUGCAAAUAUUAAGUGUCAAGUGGAUUUACAAGAUUCAACUUCUGUGCCACAAGAUAGUUACACAAGAAUUCAGAAAAGCAUAGUGUCAAGGAUUUCCUAAGAAAUAUAUAAUUGAUAUAGAAUUAUGUUGCUUUGCUAUAUGCCAAAAUUGCUGAGCUGCCUGAGUACCAAUCUAGUGUAUAUGAGUGAAUCAUUGGUGCAUAAAUACAUUAAAAAAAAUUGUCUGUUGUUACCCCUGUAAUCACAACACCAAAGGGAAAUAGUAUUAUCUUCUUUACUGUGUAUACUGUCAUAAAUUUUUGACACAAUUUCACACACACACACACACACACACACACACACACACACACACAC